AUGCAGAUCUUUGUCAAGACUUUGACUGGCAAGACCAUCACCCUUGAGGUGGAGUCCUCCGAUACCAUCGACAAUGUUAAGUCGAAAAUUCAAGACAAGGAGGGUAUCCCGCCCGACCAGCAGCGCCUGAUUUUCGCGGGCAAACAACUCGAGGACGGCCGCACCCUCUCGGAUUACAACAUCCAAAAGGAAUCGACGCUUCACCUCGUCCUCCGUCUUCGUGGCGGUAUGCAAAUCUUCGUCAAGACUCUGACCGGCAAGACCAUCACCCUGGAGGUGGAAUCAUCGGAUACUAUCGACAAUGUUAAGUCGAAGAUCCAGGAUAAGGAGGGUAUCCCUCCUGACCAGCAGCGCCUGAUUUUUGCUGGCAAGCAACUCGAGGAUGGUCGCACUCUUUCGGAUUAUAAUAUCCAGAAGGAGAGCACCCUGCAUCUUGUCCUGCGCCUGCGCGGUGGUAUGCAGAUCUUCGUCAAGACCCUCACGGGAAAGACGAUCACAUUGGAGGUUGAGUCGUCGGACACGAUCGACAAUGUGAAGUCGAAGAUCCAGGACAAGGAGGGUAUCCCGCCUGACCAGCAGCGUCUCAUUUUCGCCGGCAAGCAGUUGGAGGAUGGUCGGACUUUGUCCGAUUAUAACAUCCAGAAGGAGAGCACCCUCCACUUGGUGCUGCGGCUCCGUGGUGGUAUGCAGAUCUUCGUCAAGACCCUCACGGGGAAGACGAUUACUCUGGAGGUGGAAUCUUCGGAUACGAUCGACAACGUAAAGUCCAAGAUUCAGGACAAGGAGGGCAUUCCCCCAGACCAGCAACGUCUCAUUUUCGCCGGCAAGCAGUUGGAGGAUGGUCGGACUCUGUCCGAUUACAACAUCCAGAAGGAGAGCACUCUCCACUUGGUGUUGCGUCUCCGUGGUGGCCAGUAA